AAAUAUAAUAUUUCUAAUACAGAGAUAGUGAAUACGUUAAAAUUUGAACUGCCGACGGAUUCACUUUCAUUGUAUCCUUUUCCGGUACAAAAUUGAACAAUCGAGCACCAUAUAUUUCGAACAAAUUGAUUCACGCGUGUAACCCUAUCGUAAGUUUACUGGAUGGAAUACGUUGCCACCGAAUCACCCACAUGUCAUUCAAUAUGAAAGCGGCAUGAAACAAGUGUCCAUCUUAAUCCUGACGAUCAAGCUUUUGCGAGUGUUUAUUCGGUGCUCGACCUCUGUAACGACAUUGUGUCACUUUUCUCUCCGUUUCUGUCAUGUACAUAAAUUCACUAUCGUUAAGUUCAUUAUCGUCGUUUUCAUUUUGUUGCUAAACUCGUGAAGCUUGAGAAAAUUAAAAAGGAAUUCCGUCGCAGUGAACGAUUUAUAAAAAGUGGGUUGGAGACAAAAGAGAUUUAAGCGACGUUAUAAAAUCUAGUCUGAGAACGAGAUUCACGAAAAUAAAUCCCAACGAAAUAGGAAGAAAUGAAGACUAUAUCGACGGUGAUGUGUAGUUGCGCGUUAUUGUUGGCAAUAGCUGCGAGUGAUAUUAGCGAACAAUGCAAGAUUCACGAAUUGACAACAGUCGAUUGCCAUUGCAUCGGAAACGAGGAAUUUUUCCUGCCGGAAGGUUACAACUAUGAAAACGUGACAAGCAUACAGAUCGCAUCCUGCAACAUCGCGAAUCUUCAUUUCUCCAGCUUAACGGAGGCGAGCCAAAUUACAGAAAUAAUCGUGCAAAAUAUCAGCGACCGUUUGAUCUUCGAACUGUUUCUAACAUCGAAAAAACUGAAGCAACUCAAACUAUCGAGAAUCGGACGAAUACCUUUAAUUACCCGCGACACGUUCGUCAGAUUGAACAGCAUCGAAACGAUUCGAAUCGAAGACACGCGAAUCGAUCAUUUCGCUGAACGAUUCACCGACAUAGCGAUUACCAAUUUUUCAAUGAUCAACGUUACUAUCGAGCGUAUCGAUCAGUUGAGCUUCUCAGCAAAGGGCGAGUCUCUGUACAUUAAGAACAGUAAAUUUCAAAAUGUCACUGGCUCGUUGAAUUUCGCUUACUUCUCCAGCGUGGAGAUUCUUCAUUCCAAGUUUCAAUUAGAGAAGCCGGGUUACAUAUUGAUCGAAGGUGACGUUGUCUAUAUGGAGAAUUGCGUUUUCUCCAACUCGAGCGCAAAUGUGGUUGCAGCGGAGAGUAUCUGGAUAAAUGGUACUUGCGCAGAUGGGAAGAGCUCUAUGAGACUCUCGUCAAACGUUAUUAAAAGCGUGAACAAUCGAUUGCCGACUGAGAUCAUUUACACGAAGAAUAAAGAUGAGUCGGAACGUUUUUUCAAUCGGAAUAACACAGUGUGUAUCGCCGGAAAUUGCAAAUGUCCGAAAAGCAGCGGUCAAAGUGCGCAUUUAAUGAAUUUCUUCCUUGCAUACGCUUUACAAUUUUUCGUACCAGUCGUUCUGUUAUCGAUAUUGUUUUAGUUUCGUAUUUAGUUUCGAAAUGAGACUUCCUCUGUUCUUUUCUUUCCCUUUUUCAUUGGAACCUUACAGGAAAUUCCGUCGUUUUUCACAUGACGUGUGUUUACGCGUAUCAACAUGAUUAAUAUUAUCAAUAUUCUUAGUAAUUUUAUUUAAUAUAUAUUACACAUUUCGAAAAAUAAAUACAGAUGCAUGUAAAACUUACAAGAUAUUUCAUUAAGAUUUUAUGAAAUAUUUAGGAAUUUAGAAUGAUGAUAAAUUAG